AUGCUGCAGCACCAGUUCCCCUCGGUCCAGUCCAACGCUGCAGCCUACCUCCAACACCUGUGCUUUGGAGACAACAAGAUCAAGUCUGAGGUAACCUGCACCAGGCCGAUAUGGCUCCUCAUACAUUUCUACUGCCAUGUGCUAGCGGGGACAGCUGCAUCCACUGCUAUACAUUAUGAAAUGUAUAGGUCCCAUAAAGUUGUUGAAUCUGUGGUUAUCACAUUGGGCUUAAAAACAAUCAGAAUCAGCCAGUAGGUGGGCCCUGGGCAGCUGUUGUUUAAUUUGAAACGUAUGCAAAGUCCGCCUCUACUCUCAUGUUCAGUACAUCAUCUCAAAUCUAUACCUUUUGUGAAACCUUUUUAGAGAAUAAUUCACAAUUCUAGCUCAGGAUCAAUCCCAGGUGAUAGAAUUGUGAAUUCUCCUCACAUUAGUAGAGAUAUAGUAUUGCCUGCUCUUGCUUUACCUGACUUUCCUCACCCUAAUGUGGGGAUGUUGGAUAGCUUGGUGUGUGUGAUAUCUGUGUGUGAUACACUACCAGUCAAACGUUUUAGAACACCUACUCAUUCAAGGGUUUUUCUUUAUUUUAAUAUUUUCUACAUUGUAAAAUAAUAGUGAAGACAUCAAAACUAUGAAAUCAUGUAGUAACCAAAAAAGUGUUAAAAAAGACUAUUCAAAUAGCCACCCUUUGCCUUGAUGACAGCUUUGCACACUCUUGGCAUUCUCUCAACCAGCUUCACCUGGAAUGCUUUUCCAACAUAUGUUGAGCACUUGUUGGCUGCUUUUCCUUCACUCUGCGGUCCGACUCAUCCCAAACCAUCUCAAUUUGGUUGAGGUCGGGGGAUUGUGGAGGCCAGGUCAUCUGAUGCAGCACUCCAUCACUCUCCUUCUUGGUCAAAUAGCCCUUACACAGCCUGGAGGUGUGUUGGGUCAUUGUCCUGUUGAAAAACAAAUGAUAGUCCCACUAAGCCCAAACCAGAUGGGAUGGCAUAUCGCUGCAGAAUGAUGUGGUAGCCAUGCUGGUUAAGUGUGCCUUGAAUUCUAAAUAAAUCACAGACAGUGUCACCAGCAAAGCACCCCCACACCAUAACACCUCCUCCUCCAUGCUUUACGUGGGAAAUACACAUGUGGAGAUCAUCCGUUCACCCACACCGCGUCUCACAAAGACACUGCGGUCGGAACCAAAAAUAUCAAAUAUGUACUCCAGACUAAAGGACACAUUUCCACCGGUCUAAUGUCCAUUGCUCGUGUUUCUUGGCCCAAACAAGUCUCUUCUUAUUAUUGGUGUCCUUUAUUAGUGGUUUCUUUGCAGUAAUUUGACCAUGAAGGCCUGAUUAACACAGUCUCCUCUGAACAGUUGAUGUUGAGAUGUGUCUGUAACUUGAACUCCGUGAAGCAUUUAUUUGGGCUGCAAUUUCUGAGUCUGGUAACUCUAAUGAACUCUGGGUCUUCCAAUCCUGUGGCGGUCCUCAUGAGAGCCAGUUUCAUCAUAGCGCUUGAUGGUUUUUGCGACUGCACUUGAAGUAACUUUCAAAGUUCUUGAAAUGUUCCGUAUUGACUGACCUUCAUGUCUUAAAGUAAUGAUGGACUGUCGUUUCUCUUUGCUUAUUUGAGCUGUUCUUACCAUAACAUGGACUUGGUCUUUUACCAAAUAGGGCUAUCUUCUGUAUACCUUGUCACAACACAACUGAUUGGCUCAAACGCAUUAAGAAGGAAAGAAAUUCCACAAAUUAACUUUUAAGAAGGCACACCUGUUAAUUGAAAUGCAUUCCAGGUGACUACCUCAUGAAGCUGGUUGAGAGAAUGCCAAGAGUGUGCAAAGCUGUCAUCAAGGUAAAGGGUGGCUAUUUGAAGAAUCUCAAUUAUAUUUUGAUUUGUUUAACACUUUUUUGGUUACUGCAUGAUUCCAUAUGUGCUAUUUCAUAGUUUUGAUGUCUUCACUAUUAUUCUACAAUGUAGAAAAUAGUAAAAAUAAAGAAAAACCCUUGAAUGGGUAGGUGUUCUAAAACUUUUGACCGGUAGUGUAUGUGGGGACAUUGGCUGGGUGAGGUGGAGGGAUGGUGAGAUGGGGGAGGUUGAGAUGGAGAGAUAAGUUGCAGGUGAGAUGCUGUCUGGGAGGGAUUGGAAGAAAGUCAUUUAGGUCAGCUGAUAGCUUUUCCUGGAACACUGCUGACGCUCAUCUCAUCGCCUCUCUCAGACAGAUAUAUCACACAGGCAACAUGGGCAGACACACACACAUACACACACCACACACACACACACACACUUUGGCAAUCACACACAUAGGCACACACACACAUACAGUGAUAUACUAUAUAUUCAAAGGUAUGUGGACACCCCUUCAAAUUAGUGGAUUCGGCUCUUUCAGCCACACCCGUUGCUGACAGGUGUAUAAAAUCGAGCACACAGCCAUGCAAUCUCCAUAGACAAACACUGGCAGUAGAAUGGCCUUACUGAAGAGCUCAGUGACUUUCAACGUGGCACCGUCAUAGGAUGCCACCUUUCCAACAAGUCAUUUCUUCAAAUUUCUGCCCUACUAGAGCUGCCCCGGUCAACUGUAAGUGCUGUUAUUGUGAAGUGGAAACAUCUAGGAGCAACAACGGCUCAGCCGCGAAGUGGUAGGCCACACAAGCUAACAGAACGGGACCGCCGAGUGCUGAAGAGCGUAGCGCGUAAAAACUGUCUGUCCUCGGUUGUAACACUCACUACCGCAUUCCAAACUGCCUAUGGAAGCAACGUCAGCACAAGAACUGUUCGUCGGGAGCUUCAUGAAAUGGGUUUCCAUGGCCGAGCUGCCGCACACAAGCCUAAGAUCACCAUGCACAAUGCCAAGCGUCGACUGGCUUCCAGUUGAGGCUCGCAUCUACUACAAGACUAUGGUGCUUGCCAAGGAGCUGUAAGGGGAACGGCACCUCCUUACCUUCAGGCUCUGAUCAGACCCUACACCCAAACGAGGGCACUACAUUCAUCCACCUCUGGCCUGCUAGCUCCCCUACCUCUACGGAAGCUCAGUUCCCGCUCAGCCCAGCCAAAGCUAUUUGCUGCUCUGGCACCCCAAUGGUGAAACAAGCUCCCCCACGACGCCAGGACAGCGGAGUCACUGACCACCUUCUGGAGACACUUGAAACCCUACCUCUUUAAGGAAUACCUGGAAUAGUAUAAAGUAAUCCUUCUACCCCCCCUCCCCCACACAAAAAAACAAAAAGUGGUUGUCCCACUGGCUAUCAUAAGUUGAAUGCACCAAUUUGUAAGUCGCUCUGGAUAAGAGCGUCUGCUAAAUGAUGUAAAUGUAAAUGUAAAUGUGUAAAGGUCGCCGCCAUUUGACUCUGAAGCAGUGGAAACACGUUCUCUGGAGUGAUGAAUCACGCUUCACCAUCUGGCAGUCCGACGGACAACUCUGGGUUUGGCGGAUGCCAGGAAAACGCUACCUGCCCCAAUGCAUUGUGCCAACUGUAAAGUUUGGUGGAGGAGGAAUAAUGGUGUGGGGCUGUUUUUCAUUGUUCGGACUAGGCCCCUUAGUUCCAGUGAAGGGAAAUCUUAACGCUACAGCAUGCAGUGACAUUCUAGACGAUUCUGUGCUUACAACUUUGUGGCAACACUUUGGGGAAGGCCCUUUCCUGUUUCAGCAUGACAAUGCCCCUGUGCACAAAGCGAGGUCCAUACAGAAAUGGUUUGUCGAGAUUGGUGUGGGAGAACUUGACUGGCCUGCACAGAGCCCUGACCACAACCCCAUUGAACAGCUUUGGGAUUAAUUGGAACGCCGACUGUGAGCCAGGCCUAAUUGGUCAACAUCAGUGCCCGACCUCACUAAUGCUCUUGUGGCUGAAUGGAAGCAAGUUCCAGCAGCAAUGUUCCAACAUUUAGUGGAAAGCCUUCCCAGAAGAGUGGAGGCUGUUAUAGAAGCAAAAGGGGGACCAACUCCAUAUUAAUACCCAUUAUUUUGUAAUGAGAUGUUCGACGAACAGGUGUCCACAUAGUUUUGGACAUGUAGUGUAUUUAUAGUACUGCGAGGCGAUGCACGUUAGCUGUGUGUGUCAUCAUGGUACCUUGUCUCGCCUAGCAGUAUCUUGGUUAUUUUUGGAGUAGAAGGCUGUGUGAAGGAAAUUACUAUUUAAUGGGCACUCUAUUUUAGUAACAGUAGAGCAAUGGAGAUGGAGGGACAUUUGUAUAGUAAGUCUCUUCAUAAACAGAAGGGAAUAUACAACAUGUACUGGAUAAUGGCAGCAUGUAUGUAGCCUGCAAUCUUGCGAGCCAGUGUCUAUCACCUUUGCCAACAGAGCACCCAGAUAAACAGGUUCUGAUUUGUAAAGAUUUUUCUCCUCUGUGUUUAAUUGGAGUUGAGCUGGACAGCAACAGCAGCAGUGCUGAUCCAUUCUGUUGGACCUGGCAGCACAUCUGCUGACUGUUGGCACCACUCCUCCAGUGUGCGUGCAUACACACAUACGUAUGCUUAUGUGUGUGACACUCUGCCAGGUCAUCUCAUCUCACUUCUUCUGUCACUCUGUCAAUAUGUCACUCUGUCCUCUGUCUCUCUGAGACAGUGUGUCCUUGGCCUGUCUGUCUGUGUGCAGAUUAACCAACAUUUCUGUUAUUUUUAUUUUUUUAAAUAACUGACCGACAUUGGUUGAAUUAUUUGAAUUCCAUUUAGUUCAGGUUUUUUCUGUGAGCUCAAUGCGCACAUUGCACAGUUCCUCUAGAGAUAAAUCAAUCCAGCCUGAACUUUGCGAUGUAUAGGGAGUUGUAGUUUCCAACAGGCCAAUACUCUACAUUGUUUAGCACAGGAAACGUGGUAAUUAACUACAAUGACCAUAUUCCAUUGCGUAUCUACUUGUCCGGUCUGUGUUUCUUUUACAGCUGCUACGGAAGAGACAGAAGAAUGAGCGAUCGUGAAGUGAUAUAGGGAGCAGCUGUUGCUUCGCAAAGUAUCUCUACCUGAAAAUACAUGAUCUAAGUGAUUGAUAGUUGGUAUUAAGCAGUCAUAAAAGUAUGCCUUAUUUACUUUGAAGAACUACUAAAAUAGUGCUUUUGUCAGACAGUAUAGGCAGCAGCUCUAUAGAGAUGAGAUGAUGACUUGGAAUGAAAUAAUGAAGUCAUCAAAUAAAACAAAUGUAAUAUACACAUCAACUGAAAUAUUUGAUUAAAGUAAUGUAAAUAAAUGAUGGUUAAUAAGUGAUAAGUAGUAAUGGGCAGUCACUACCAUCAUGGGACUUUUAUUUAACUGUUUUAUUCUGUGUUGUUACAGCAUUCAACCCACAUAAUGCAUACUGCAUUUAAUGUUUAAAAAAAAUACUAAUCGAACCGAAACUGAACCGACCGCAAAAAGCACUAAUCGCUCAGCACUAAUGUGCAGCCACAUGACUCUUGAGCUCUCAAACUCAGCUCUGGACCUCGAAGCCAGUUCCACUGCGUCUUUUCAAUGUUCCCCUCUAAUCAGGGACUGAUUUUAGACCUGGGACACCAGGUGAGUGCAAUUAAUUAUCAGGUAGAACAGAAAACCAGCAGGCUCCGGACCUCAUAGGGUAAGAUUUGAGUACCCCUGCUCUAGAUUAAUGAGGGAGGAAGGAACUGUCUCACCUGGCUCUAGUUGAUUUAUAGAGGAAAGGUACCUGAGUGAAAUAAAGAACAGGAUUCAUAGGGAUGCCUCCAGGGAUAUUGUUGUCAAUGCUGAAAACUAUAGAUUACUUCUUUGGCAGACAGUUUGUGGAAUUGAAUUGUAUAGAACAGUAGCUAGCUACACUAUUGCAUGCAUGUUUGUACUGUUAUUUGUCUAUAUAUUCAUUUUGAUCUAGCCUUGAUCGAUUUGUUAUGAUCCAUUAACAUCCUCCUUUUCUCUCCUCUCCCUGUUCCUCUCACCAGAUCCGAAGGCAGGGAGGGAUCCAGCUGCUGGUGGAUCUGCUGGAUCACAGGAUGACUGAUGUGCACCGGAGCGCCUGUGGAGCUCUGAGGAACCUGGUGUACGGAAAGGCCAACGAUGACAACAAGAUCACCCUGAAGAACUGUGGGGGGAUCCCAGCCCUGGUCCGCCUGCUGAGGAAGACCACCGACGUGGAGAUCAGGGAGCUGCUUACUGGUAAACAGAGUUUGGUGAUACGUUUUUACAAAGAGAGACAUAACAUAGCCUUGCUAUAUGACAUUAUAAAGGCUCAUACCUGCUUAUAGCAAGUUAUAAAGCAUUAUACCUGGAUGCUUAUAUCUAGAGUUUAUACACAAGCUGAGUUUAACAGGACAUUGGUACUGGGAGCUGGAUAACUAACAAUUACUGAAGGCUGUAGUGGUGAAGAAUCACAAAGGGACGUUUCACAUCAACAUCCUUAGCAGUGGUUUAGACACUGAAUAUGAAAAAACGAAUAUCCACAAAUGACUUACUGGAUAGAAGAUUCCUAUGUUUUAUGAAAUACAAUAUGAUGUAAUACUUGCAUGGUGCUAUUAUCUAUUAAAGGAGCGAUGUUCUGAAAGUAAACAUUGCCUAAAUGUACUUAGUCAAUAACAAGUGAGAGGUUAUAUCCCCUAGUCAUGUUUAUAGAGGGCAUUAUUUUAUUCUUUAUUUUUUACUGUAGAGAGGAUUUUGAGCCUGGAAAUGCUUUGGAAAUAAACAGUUUGUGCUGGUACUGUCUUAAAGGAGAUUACCAUAUAAAUGAGAAAGCAGUUCAAUGCACGGAACACAGAGUCCCUCCUGUCACAAAUUAAUCAGGCAUCAGAAAACCUUCCCCGGCCCAGAGGAAUUCUGCCUCUUCACUUCUUCUCUUCUGGCUGUUUAAAUCAGAGUCACAGUGAGCGCCUGUGCCUCCUCUCCCCUCCCCUCCCUGUGACUGGGCAUGGAUUAACGGGACUAUUUACCCAUCUCUCUCCCUCCAUCUCCCAGCCUUCCCCAUGCCACUGACUGCCAGGAGGCGCCCUACUUAGGGAAGCGGUGGCGGCGGUUUAUGACAUCACAGGAAGCCAAACAAGGUUGUUGUUUCCUCUGCUGCUCUAGCAACCCCCCCCCCCCCCCGCGCAUGUAGAGGAGCUAAAGAUUAUUAUUUAGCGGGAAUAAAGCUCUUUUAAAUGGCGGAUUUCUUGUCUCCUGAGAUUAGAGAUGUGGAUUGUGUCCUGGACUCCAAGUGACGUCGAACAGGAACCCCUGUUGCUGCACUUACGCAGCCAGGAUGCAAUUAGUCUAGUUUAGUGGAGGGGUGAUGGGGUGUGGUCGGGCUAGAUUAUGGUUAAUCAAGUUGUCCUUCUGUAGUUCUUGGAAUAGAUUAAUUGAAAAGUAGAGUAGUUGGAUGAGAUUGAAAUGUAGAAAUGUACAGCCAUCUACAGACAGCAAUUCAUAGACAUACACUACCGGUCAAAAGUUUUAGAACACCUACUAAUUCAAGGGUUUUUCUUUAUUUUUACUAUUUUCUACAUUGUAGAAUAAUAGUAAAGACAUCAAAACUAUAAAAUAACACAUAUGGAAUCAUGUAGUAACCAAAAAAGUGUUAAACAAAUCAUAAUAUAUUUUAUAUAUAUAUUUAAAAUAGCCACCCUGUCACGAUCGCUGAAGGAAGUGGACCAAUGCGCAGCGUGAUGAGUGAACAUGCUUAUUUAUUCAUUCACCACGAAUGAACAAAACAACAAAACGAUACGUGAAGUCCUUAGUAACAGACACAAACCAUACACGGAACAAGAUCCCACAACACACUGUGGAAAACAGGCUGCCUAAGUAUGGUUCCCAAUCAGAGACAACAAGCAACAGCUGAUACACGUUGCCUCUGAUUGAGAACCAUACCGGACAACAUAGAAACAAAUGAACUAGAUAAAAAACCUAGAACACAAAACACAUAGAAACAACACACCCUGGCUCAACAUAACAGAGUCCCAGAGCCAGGGCGUGACAGUACCCCCCCCCAAAGGCGCGGACUGCGACCGCGCCAAACAUAAACCGAACAGGGAAGGGCCGGGUGGGCAUUCCUCCUCGGAGGUGGUUCCGGCUCCGGGCUUGACCCCCACCCUCCAACAAACCCCCCAUAGCGCCCCUGGUCUGGUCUGGCCCUGCUGGCUGGAUCUGGACUGGACAUCGGUGGAGCGGAUCGCUCAGGCUCCGAUGUGGAGCAGCUAACCGGUACCUGACCAGGCACCGGUGACCCAGGCACGGGCUGUGCCGGACUGACGACGCGCACCACAGGCUUGGUGCGGGGAGCAGGAACGGGCCGGACCGGGCUGACGACGCGCACCACAGGCUUGGUGCGGGGAGCAGGGACGGGCCGAAUCAGGCUGACGAAGCGCACCACAGGCUUGGUGCGGGGAGCAGGGCCGGACUGGGCUGACGUCGCGCACCACAGGCUUGGUGCGGGGAGCAGGAACGGGCCGGACCGGCCUGACGACGCGCACCACAGGCUUGGUGCGGGGAGCAGGGACGGGCCGGACUGGGCUGGCUACACACCUCAGUACCUCUCGCCGUGCCUCUACAUAUUCCUUCCCUCUACUCGCCAAUGGCUCCCGUAACCCGGUGGCCUUCUCUCCUCGUCCACCAACUCGCCCCUUAUCUGCCUCCAGCAGUCCCGUCGUCCACGGUGUGAGCCCCCCCCUAAAAAUGUCUUGGGUUCGUCUCUCCCCCGUGGCUAUGGCCUCCAUGGCUCUCGCCAGACUCUCCCUCUUCUGCUCCCAAGUCCAACCUCUCUCCUCCUCCCGCGGCUUGACCCAGUCGAGGUUGAUAUCCUUUAGAGCCCUCUCUGGCGUUGGCUCCUGGACACGCGGCUUGACCCAGUCGAGGUUGAUAUCCUUUAGAGCCCUCUCUGACGUUCUGGACACGCUGCUUCGUCCAGUUAUGGUGGGAUCUUCUGUCCCGAUCGCUGAAGGAAGUGGACCAAUGCGCAGCGUGAUGAGUGAACAUACUUAUUUAUUCAUUCACCACGAACGAACAAAACAACAAAACGAUACGUGAAGUCCUUAGUAACAGACACAAACCAUACACGGAACAAGAUCCCACAACACACUGUGGAAAACAGGCUGCCUAAGUAUGGUUCCCAAUCAGAGACAACAAGCAACAGCUGAUACACGUUGCCUCUGAUUGAGAACCACACCGGCCAACAUAGAAACAAAUGAACUAGAUAAAAAACCUAGAACACAAAACACAUAGAAACAACACACCCUGGCUCAACAUAACAGAGUCCCAGAGCCAGGGCGUGACACACCCAAAUAGCCACCCUUUGCCUUGAUUUCAGCUAUGCACGCUCUUGGCAUUCUCUUAACCAGUUUCACCUGGAAUGCUUUUCCAAAAGUCUUGAAGGAGUUCCUACAUAUGCUGAGCACUUGUUGGCUGCUUUUCCUUCACUCUGCGGUCCGACUCAUCCCAAACGAUCUCAAUUUGGUUGAGGUCGGAGGAUUGUGGAGGUCAGGUCAUCUGAUGCAGCACUCCAUCACUCUCCUUCUUGGUAAAAUAGCCCUUACACAACCUGGAGGUGUGUUGGGUCAUUGUCCUGUUGAAAAACAAAUUAUAGUCCCACUAAGCCCAAACCAGAUAGGAUGGCGUAUCGCUGCAGAAUGAUGUGGUAGCCAUGCUGGUUAAGUGUGCCUUGAAUUCUAAAUAAAUCACAGACAGUGUCACCAGCAAAGCACCUCCACACCAUAACACCUCCUCCUCCGUGCUUUACGUGGGAAAUAAACAUGCCGAGAUCAUCCAUUCACCAACACUGCGUCUCACAAAGACACGACGGUUGGAACCAAAAAUCUCAAAUUUGGACUCCAGACCAAAGGACAAAUUUCCACCGGUCUAAUGUCCAUUGCUCGUGUUUCUUGGCCCAAGCAAGUCUCUUCUUCUUAUUGGUGUCCUUUAUUAGUGGUUUCUUUGCAGCAAUUCGACCAUGAAGGCCUGAUUCACACAGUCUCCUCUGAGCAGUUGAUGUUGAGAUGUUUCUGUUACUUGAACUCUGUGAAGCAUUUAUUUGGGCUGCAAUUUCUGAGUCUGGUAACUGUAAUUAACUUAUCCUCUGCAGUAGAGGUAACUCUGGGUGUUCCUUUCCUGUGGCGGUCCACACGAGAACCUGUUUCAUCAUAGUGCUUGAUGGUUUUUGCGACUGCACUUGAAGAAACAUUCAAAGUUCUUGAAAUGUUCCGUACUAACUGACAUUCAUGUCUUAAAGUAAUGAUGGACUGUCGUUUCUCUUUGCUUAUUUGAGCUGUUCUUGCCAUAAUAUGGACUUGGUCUUUUACCAAAUAGGGCUAUCUUCUGUAUACCCCCCCUACCUUGUCACAACACCACUGAUUGGCUCAAACGCAUUAAGAAGGAAAGAAAUUCCACAAAUUAACUUUUAAGAAGGCACACCUGUUAAUUUAAAUGCAUUCCAGGUUACUACCUCAUGAAGCUGGUUGAGAGAAUGCCAAGAGUAUGCAAAGCUGUCAUCAAUGCAAAGGGUGGCUAUUUGAAGAAUCUCAAAUAUAAAAUAUAUUUUGAUUUUUUUAACACUUUUUUGGUUUCUACAUGAUUCCAUAUGUGUUAUUUCUUAGUUUUGAUGUCUUCACUAUUAUUCUACAAUGUAGAAAAUAGUAAAAAUAAAGAAAAACCUUUGAAUGAGUAGGUGUUCUAAAACUUUUGACCGGUAGUGUAUAAACAAAACAUUAGGAACACCUGCUCUUUCCAUGACAUAGACUGACAAGGUGAAUCCAGGUGAACGCUAUGAUCCCUUAUUGAUGUCACCUGUUAAAUCCACUUCAAUCAGUAUAGGAUAAGGUGAGACGACAGUUUAAAGAAGGAUUUUUAAGCCUUGAGACAAUUGAGACAUGGAUUGUGUAUGUAUGCCAUUCAGAGGGUGAAUGGGCAAGACAAAAUAUUUAAGUGCCUUUGAACGGGGUAUGAUAGUAGGUGCCAGGCGCACCGGUUUGAGUGUGUCAAGAACUGCAAUACUGCUGGGUUUUUCACCCUCAACAGUUUCCAGUGUGUAUCAAGAAUGGUCCACCAUCCAAAGGACAUCCAGCAAACUUGACACAACUGUGGGAAGCAUUGGAGUCAACAUGGGCCAGCAUCCCUGUGGAACACGUUCGACACCUUGUAGUCCAUGCCCCGACGAAUUGAGGCUGUUCUGAGGGCAAAGGGGGGUGCAACUCAAUAUUAGAAAGGUGUUCCUAAUGUUUUGUACACUCCGUGUAUAUUUGGUACCCUGAUGGCUCACUAUAGAGUGGCUGAUUAAUUAGAACGUCAUCUGCACUGAAUCAGUCCUUUGCCACUUGACUGCCGGCUCACGACACGGCCGCUGCCUCACCUGAACCACAUAAAAACAACAGGCUCCUUCCUCAAAUACCAUUUCUGUCACCUUGACAACCUGCACAGUGCCCUCACCUUCCACGGCCCCCUGUAGAGUUCAUUUGGGUCCAGUUCUGCAGACAGCCUACUUUCUCCCCAUGUAAUGAUGCUCUUGCUGCCCACCUAGCACCCCCCACACCGCACCGCCUCACCAAUGAUGUAAGGCUGAGGCAAUUAACCUCUUUCAUCUGUCAGGCGAAAUAAAAAAGAUGUUAUAGGUAGUUAUUAUGCGCCGAGCCUGCCACCACCACUAUAGGCAGCAGCCCUUUCAUUUUUGAAAACACAGAAAUGCUGUGCGCCGCCCCGAGCGUGGUAAAGUGAUGCUCUCUGCAAGAUUACUGUCUCCACUAAUUAUGAGCAAUGCAGCUAGUUAUUUAGAGCAGAGCAGACCACAAGGAAAACAUCCCAACAUGACUGAGAAGACGAAAGUAAAUCUGUGUAAUUACAUUGUUGUUGUGAGAGGAACGGGUGAAGAGUGACUGUCUGCCUCAUCACUGGUAAUUGCAAUCAUAAAUGCUACGGUGUCCUGGGAGGGACAUGACACGGUGAAGGUCAACAAGAAUUAUAAUGUGUUGUGCCAGCUUUCAAGGUCAUUACAAUCAGUGUGCUGAGUGUGUGUGUGUGAGCCCUCUCAACAAAUCACAGUGGUUUGUGGUAUGGAGUGUUGUAGAGUGAAGGACCCUCUCCUCCUCCUCCCCCUUCAUCUCUCCUCUCUCUUCUUAUAGAUAAUUGGCCAGCUCUUGUGGUGUGUGUGUGUAUAUCUCGACCUUUGGCUGACAGCAGCUGCUCACUCCUUAACACCAUCCAUGGCAGAGUCACCAUGUUCCCACCACAUCCUAUUGAAAGCAAUUUAUGGUGACACAUGACUCGGUUGUCUUUUUAUUAUACUGAACAAAAAUAUAAACGCAACGUGUAAAGUGUUGGUCCUAUGUUUCAUGAGCUGAAAUAAAAGAUCCCAGAAAUUGUCCAUACACACAAAAAGCUUAUUUCUCUCAAACUUUGUGCACAAAUUUGUUUACAUCCCUGUUAGUGAGCAUUUCUCCUUCGCCAAGAUGAUCCAUCCACCUGACAGGUGUGGCAUAUAAAGAAGCUGAUUAAACAGCAUGAUCAUUACACAGGUGCACUUUGUGCCGGGGACAAUAAAAGGCCACUCUAAAAUGUGCAGUUUUGUCACAGCUCAUCUGCGUGCUCGUCGUCCUCACCAGGGUCUUGACUUGACUGCAGUUCAACGUUGAAACUGACUUCAGUGGGCAAAUGCUCACCUUCGAUGGCCACUGGCACGCUGGGGAGGUGUGCUCUUCACAGAUGAAUCCCGGUUUCAACUGUACCGGACAGAUCGUGGGUGAGGGGUUUGCUGAUAUCAAUGUUGUGAACAGAAUGCCCCAUGGUGGCGGUGGGGUUAUGGUAUGGGCAGGCAUAAGCUACGGACAAUGAACACAAUUGCAUUUUAUCGAUGGCAAUUUGAAUGCACAGAGAUACCGUGACGAGAUCCUGAGGCCCAUGGUGGUGCCAUUCAUCCGCCGCCAUCACCUCUUGUUUCAGCACGAUAAUGCACGGCCCCAUGUCGCAAGGAUCUGUACACAAUUCCUGGAAGCUGAACAUGUCCCAGUUCUUCCAUGGCCUGCAUACUCACCAGACAUGUCACCCAUUGAACAUGUUUGGGAUUCUCUGGAUCGACGUGUACGACAGUGUGUUACAGUUCCUGCCACUAUCCAUUAACUUCACACAGCCAUUGAAGAGGAGUGGAACAACAUUCCACAGGUAGCAAUCUACAGCCUGAUCAACUCUAUGAGAAAUAGAUGUGUCGCACUGUAUGAGGCAAAUGGUGGAUACUGACUGGUUUUCUGAUCCACGCCCAUGCCUUUUUUUUAAAGGUAUCUGUGACCAACAGAUGCAUAUCUGUAUUCCCAGUCUUGUGAAAUCCAUAGAUUAGGGCCUAAUGAAUUUAUUUCAAUUUGACUGAUUUCCUUAUAUGAACUGUAAGUCAGUAAAAUGUUGAAAUUGUUGCAUGUUGCGUUUAUAUUUUUGUUCCGUGUAUUAUGAGGAAUAUUAUUUUGGUAUCUUCAUACAGCUGCUGCAAUUCAGGUUCAGCUGAAGUCAUAUGUAAACUGGGAUGUAAGAUACUCUCUGUGGACACGUAAUGCCUCUGUUCAGUGUUUAGUAAAACACCCGAGAUUGAGGAGGAAGACUGAAGUCGUAGUCAGUGUGGUUAAAGAGGAGAGAGGAGAGCCCAGCUGCAGAGAGAGAGAGUUUCCUCCUUGUCUCUGUCUCUGUGUGGGUUACUCAUACAGUCUGUGCCAAAGCCGCUGGCUUGGAAUGUAAUUGGUAGGUUGGCUGGUUGCACAUGAAAUUACGGAGAAAAUUAUCAAUAUCUAUGAAGCCCUAGGUGACCAGUUUAUUGCACAAUCACGAUGGCCUCUCACUAUAUCAAAACUAGGGGCUGAAAUAUGCUUUUUUGUGAACAUACGCACGACAAGUAAUGAAACAUUCAUAGAACCUUACCGUUUCUUUUCAGUGUUUUGAAAAUUUUUUGUCCAAGGUAUAUUAAACUUUAUAUGUUUCAGCACAGUUUCCACACUCAUGUGCACAAUAUACCUCCAUUCCUUUCCCAGGAUAUCUGCACCUGACCAUUCUCCCACGUUAAAUCACUGUUCGUCAACAUCUUAUCCUAUCUGAUGUUCUGUGUUCAGGUGUGCUGUGGAACCUGUCGUCAUGUGAUGCCCUGAAGAUGCCCAUUAUUCAGGAUGCCCUGGCUGUGCUGACCAACGCUGUCAUCAUCCCCCACUCAGGCUGGGACAUCUCGCCCCAUCAGGAGGACCGCAAGCUGCACUUGCACUCCUCCCAGGUGCUCCGCAACGCCACUGGCUGCCUCAGGUCAGUACUGUUACUGGACCCUCUGGUCAAUCAAUCAAUCAAUCAAAUGUAUUUGCUAGCUUUUUACGUCAGCAGUUGUCACUAAAUCCUUUACAGUUACCCAGUAUAGACCACAAAGAAAAGCUGGAGUGAAAGCACAGUGGCAGGGUCAGAGGUUAGAGGUCACAAGUCAUGACAGCGUAUGUUAACUCUGAGGUUACAUGCAAUGGGUUGUAAGGUUUCUUCUGGGGACUUGAAUUCCUCUUCUCGGGGUAGCUUUUACUGAGAGCGGCCGGCUUCUCGUAGGUCAAUAUCUUCCUGCUUUGUCGCUGCCUGGCUUGUCUGCACCAUUUCCUUUGUGUUGGUAAUGCAGUAUGUAACACAUUGCUCUUUCACACAUGAAUACUUUGGAAGCUUUGUUCUCAUUGUGAAUAUUGACUUGACGAAUGAGGGUUAUUGAUUAAGGAGGUUUUAUCACAGACAAUGAAUGCUACAAGUUUCCGACUGAUUAUGUGAACCCAUGUAUCAUGUUUCUAAUUACCCACAUUAUGAGGGAUGGUGUGUGAAAACGCCAUGUCAGCACUCUGUGAGGCUUGAAAAUGCCUGCUCUGCUCCCUGCAGGAUUUCAUUAAAGCGUUCUAUAGUUCUGGAAUAUUGUCAAAGACUUUCUGAUUAUAGCGCUGGCAUCGGAAGACAAUUGGCUGUGUGUCAAGUGUUUCUACUCUUGAUAUCUGGGCCCUGUCCCCUGCGUACAAGCAGGAGAAGCGUCUACAUUGCCUGUCUGCUCAUUCUGGGGUUAUUAAUUUUAGCUACAGUGCAUUACCCUCUCUGUGCAAUAUGUCACCGCUUCUCUGUUGUGGUAUUACCUGCUAAUAGUUGAUGGAAAGAAAACAAAGGCUUGGGGUCUGUUUUAAUACGCACACACACAUUACCUUGUCAAAGCAGGAAGUUAUUAAUGAAAGGGAGGCGGGCUUUGUGGGCAUGUCCUAUUCCCAUUGGCACCCAGACAGGUAGUCCUCUACAACACAACCAAUCAGCAGUGCAGCAGUGUGAAGUGGGAGGAAACCCGCUGUAAGUGAAAUGUGCUGAGUCUUAAUGUCUGCCUGUGAUGAGGGAUGACUGACUGUACAGUAAAUCCCUGAGCUCAGCAGGCUAAUUCAUCUGUUUCAUGGGUCGUUAAGGAACAGAACAGAACAGUGGCUUUGAUUGAAUGUUUAAUGUGCGGGACCAAGAUGUGUUGCCACCUGCCGCCUCAUCACACAUUUGUCCCUCAUCAUGUGACACUCACUCUGGCAGAACAGAAUCACUAUGGCAGAACAGAUCCCAUGUCUGACAGGGAACGCAGCAUACUAGCUGACUGUCAUUCUUCACAGGAUGGCUCUGCCAGGCGUCAACUGCUGUGUAAUGGGAGAAAGUCUGUCAAUAGGACCAUGGCUCUGACUGAUCAGCAAGAGAACAUACUCACAAUCUCUAUCUAUCACACCCAUGCUCACAAAAGAGUCAACAAACCUAUUGAAGAUGGUCCAUGUUCUCUUUUUUGUAUAAUUUCCUUUCAUCUCUGGGGUCAUCUGUUGCGUCUGGUCUACCCUGGGGGGGUCAGUGGACAGUGACUGCUGUCUGUGUUAGAACGACCUAAUAAAGGACCCUGUGUCUCACCUCCUAGACCCCGUCUCUCCCCUCUAUGGUCAACUCACUGAUCACAACAACAAAAAAACGUAGCAGAACAGAUACUCAUAGAUUAGAUUGAUCAAUGGCCUGCUUUGUUUAUCAGACCCAUUACAAAGUGCUGUAGGUGCUGAUGGGGUCACAAACAGGCCAUCAAUAAUCUCCUUGUCUUUUGGCCCCAAACUCCACCAGCAGACACCGAUAGAUAAUGGCCAUGUUGUCCAUCCAAAGGCCUCCUAUAAGACCAGGCUGGCUGCAUCAUUACAGACUCUUAAUGACCUGACAUUUAAAGGGCAGCGGAGAGGAGAUCUUAAGGACAGAGUCUGUGUCCCAAAUGGCACCCUAUUCCCCACAUUGUGCACUCCUUUUGACCAGAGCCCUAUGGGCCCUUGUCAGAAGUAGGGCACUAUAUAGGUAAAAUGGGCUGAUAGGGGCUGAUGGGCCAGUGUUGUCAUGGAGUCAAACUAUACUAUCGUUAACACCAUUUAGCUAUAGCCUACAUUCAUUUAUUUAUGUUUAUUUAUCCUUAUUUUACCAGGUAUGUUGACUGAGAACAUAUUCUCUUUUACAGCAGCGACCUUCGGAAGUUACAGGGGGGAGGAGAUGGGAUAAAUUAGCCAAUUGGAAGCUGGGGAUGAUUAGGUGGCCAUGAUGGUUUGAAGGCCAGAUUGGGAAUUUAGCCAGGACACCAGAGUUAACACCCCUACUCUUACAAUAAGUGCCAUGGGAUCUUUAGUGACCACAGAGAGUCAGGACACCUGUUUUAACGUCCCAUCCGAAAGACUGAUUUUGAUUUUGAACAAUUAUGACAAGCAGUAAAUUAAGAUGUAUAUAUUUAGGCCUGAAAUUUAAAUAAAAGAAAACUCAUGAUGAUGGUUAACUGCCUGUAGCUACAGUACAAUAUAACAGGGAUAGAGUGCUGAAGAGAAAUGUGUCUGUUGUUGCAGGAAUGUGAGCUCGGCGGGGGAGGAGGCUCGCAGGAGGAUGAGGGAAUGCGAGGGCCUCACCGACGCUCUGCUCUACGUGAUCCAGACCGCCUUGGGCAGCAGCGAGAUCGAUAGCAAG